AUGGUGGCAUUGGUUUUGAAAGCCAAAAUAGGGAUGGAUAGGGAUUGGAGCCACGGUUCUGCCAUCGACCCAAUAAGCAAUGAAGACAACCAGAAGUUAAUAGCCAUCCCAUUGGGCUUCAAAAUCACCUGGAGAGCCCACCAUCCGUCAACAAACAAUGGAUUAGUCGGGCCCAACCUACUCGCACUGUAUUGGAGAGAAUUGAUGAAUAUGAAUAAUGGAGAAGAUUUGAUUCCAUGGUUGCGCGAAGUCCAUCAGGGCCUUACAUCUGAUGAGUUCUCGUUGUUCCUUAUUCAGUGUUGGUUUAUGUGGAGAAAUAGAAACAUUCGAAUUUAUGAAAAUAUGGUUCAAGACCCUAUUGAAGUGCAGAUGAAGGCAGCUGAAUAUUACAGUCAGUAUAGGGAGGCAGUAGCUCAGCCCCUUGCCGAGCAAACUCCCAACGAUGGCUGA